AUGGCCCAACUUGAUGGUGGGCGAAGAUUUUCCGAGACCUCUAAAACUCCGAAAACCCCAAUCUCCCCAACUUUCGAACAACUUCUACAAGGUGAUGCCUCGGCUAGGCUCGGAAGUAACCAUGACCAAGAAGAAGAUCACAGCCCACAUAGGAAAUCAGUGCUUACAAAAGUGAAGGAGAAGGCUAAAAAGUUGCGGAACACUCUUAGUGGCAAGAAAAAGCAUGGGCAUGAGUUGCCUGAUGAUAACACCACUCCCUCAUGGGGUGUUAGCUUGGAUGAUGAUGAUGAUGAAGAUGACGAAGAUCCGGAAUAUUUGGGAGCUCCAAUGUAUGAAUCAGAGCUGGCACCUGAGAAUUACAAAGAAACAGCAAGGCAGCACCCAAGAGCAUAUCCUGUAGUUUCUGAGAAACAUGUUUUGGCAAGCAGUGUCAAUAAUGAAGUUGAACAAGAAAAAGAAAAGCUUCCUACUCCUAACAAAACAAUUACUGACAGUGUAUCUGAGAAGCUGGUACCAGCAUAUAACAGAGUAACCGAGACCGUGUCUGAGAAACUGGCACCAGCAUAUGCUGCUGUAUCUGAUGCAACACACACAAUUGCUUCUAAAAUUGCAGGCCUGACUGUUUCAACCCCUGCGCCAACUGAAAUUGCAGACUCUGCUGGCUUAAAUGUUGCAGCCCCUAAGGCAUCAGACAAUGCCGGAGACUAUGCUGCUAGUGGCAUGGAAAAAUUGGCUCGAAAUUCAGAAACUACAGAUCGUAACAGUCCGCGAACAUGGGAUAAAGGUGUUUCGGUGAAGGAGUAUGUGAUGCACAAGCUCGAGCCUGGAGAAGAUGAGAGAGCACUUUCCCAGGUCAUUUCUGACGCAAUAAGUACAAGAAAAACUCCUGGUGAAAUGGGUGUGGUGGAGAAGGUGAGAGAGGCCGUAAGUUCAUUUCUUCGGGCUGAAGAACCUUCCCAAUUGACAAGUAAGGCUACCGAUUCAUCAUCAAACAUACUCGUCUCCACUGUUGCAAAAUCAUCGUCAGACAUUCCCAUCUCUACUGCUACCAAUACAAUCUCACAUCCACGGCUUGCUGCCCCCACCGGUUCCAACUCCAUCCCACACAUUCCCAUCUCUGCUGCUACCAAUACAAUCUCAUCUUCACAGCUUGCCGCCCCCACCGGUUCCAACUCGUUGUCACACAUUCCCAUCUCUGCUGCUUCCAAUACAAUGUCAUCUUCACGCCUUGCCGCCCCCACUGGUUCCAACUCCUUGCCACACAUUCCCAUCUCUACCAGAGCUCAUGAAGUUGCUGAGGAAGAAAAUCAUGGAAGGAUACUCCAAGCCAACUAA